AUGGCUACAUGGGAAGAUUUGAAAAAUGACUCAGAUGAUGAUGAUGAAGAGUCUGAGACUAAAUCACAGCACUGUCUCAUGGCAAAUGAGAUAGAUCAGGUCUGCCUAGCAUCCAAGAAAAAAGAAAAUAUGUGGUACAUGGAUAUCGGAUGUUCUAGGCAUAUGACCGGAAAGACAACCUUCUUCAUAAAGCUUGAUGAAUAUGAUGGAGGACUUGUUACCUUUGGUGAUGAUGCAAAAGGAAAAAUAGUGGCUGUUGGGAAAGUUGAUAAUGAUUCAGAUGGAGAAGGAGCUGAAAUAAGCAAAGAAAAUCCCAAAUCUGUCCAGAAUGAAGAAUCUGCCAGUCCAGUUUUGUCUCGUCAGAUUGAAGGAGAAACUUCCGAUUUGUCUCUUGAGCAGGGACGAGAAACUGAAACAGUGAGACCACCAGAAGUUCAUCAAAGCUCAACACCUGUUCGAAAGCCUAGAGAAUGGAAGUCUAUGAAGGGUUAUCCUCAUGACUUCAUCAUUGGUGAUCCCUCUCAAGGAGUAACAACAAGAUCAUCCACCAAAAGGCCAACCGAACCUAGCAAUCUUGCUCUCUUGUCACAAAUAGAGCCCAACAAUGUCAAAGAAGCUCUUGAGGAUCCAUCAUGGGUCAAAGCAAUGCAAGAGGAGCUUGCUCAAUUUGACAAGAAUAAGGUUUGGACACUAGUAUCUCAUCCGAAUGGUAAGAAGACCAAAUUGCUGAUAUCUUUACAAAACCUCUCUGUGAAGACAGAUUCUGUACAUUGA